AAAUCUCAUUUGCUAAUUAGGGUUGGUGAUUGAGGAUUUUUGUUUCCAGACUCUCGACAACUUGAGCCAUUUUUCUGAUCAGAUCAUCCAAUGGCUCCGCCUCCAGGACCUUACUCUGGAACCAGCACUCUUGCUCUGGUGGCUCGUGCAUCGGCCUUCACUUUUGGUGUCGUUUACGGAAGCUUGAAGCUCAAGGUUCUCAAGGCAAAGGCAAACUCACAAAAGAAGGCUGAAGCUAAGGCUCAUCACUGAUGGCGAUCAAGAAAAAAUGAUUAGAGAGAUUCUAUUUGAUCAAAAGCAGUAUGAAUAAUGGUGCAUGAAUCACUGUUUCCAAGUCUUUCUGGAGCUUCUUGAGUCUCCAACCUUCGCAGUGGUUUUUAUUGCCUUCCAUUUUCAUCUUGGAUAAAUGUUUUCCAUGGUUGAGUGUAUUCUUACUUGUUAGGCUUCUGAGAUAUUCUUUUUUGAAUGAUGCAUUGUUAGCUCAUAAUGAUUGAUGGCAUAAUUGUUAAUAUAGAAAUCUUAUUGUAGGCAGUGAUGGGCGUACGAUGAUGAACCCACCCCGCCUGCAUCUCCUUUUUAACCUCCUUUUCACAUUCUCGGUAUAGAGGAAAAGGGGAAAUUAUUGCCAUUUCAAGUAUAUCUGUUUUUUAGUUUCUUUGGUAAA